CGGAGAGAGACGGGGAGAGAGACAGGGGGAGAGACAGGGAGAGAGACGGGGAUAGACAAACAGAGACAGGCGGAGAGACGUGGUGAGACGUGGAGAGACAAGUAGAGACGUGGACAGACAAGUAGAGACGUGGUGAGAGACACGCGGAGAGACGUGGUGAGACAAGCAGAGAGACGGGCAGGAGAGAGACAAGCAGAGACGUGGAGAGACACGCGGAGAGACACGCGGAAAGACGUGGAGAGAGACGUGGUGAGACGUGGAGAGAGACAAGCAGAGAGACGCGGUGAGAGACGAGGUGAGAGACACGCAGAGAGACGUGGAGAGACAAGCAGAGAGACGUGGGGAGACAAACAGAGAGACGCGGAGAGAGACGAGCGGAGAGACGGGGAGAGAAACGGGGAGGGAGACGCGGAGAGAGACGAGGUGAGACGUGGUGAGAGACGUGGAGAGAGACGUGGUGAGCGACGUGGUGAGAGACACGCGGAGAGACGUGGAGAGGCGUGGAGAGACAAGGAGAGACACAGAGGCUUGCGGCGUGUGGGCUGCAGCAGCAGUGGCAGCAGCAGCAGCAGCAGCGGCAGCAGCGGGCGAUGGGCAAGCAGAACAGCAAGCUGCGGCCGGAGGUGCUGCAGGACCUGCGUGAGAACACCGAGUUCUCGGAGCAGGAGCUGCAGGAGUGGUACAAGGGCUUCCUCAAGGACUGCCCCAGCGGGCACCUCACGGUGGACGAGUUCAAGAAGAUCUACUCCAACUUCUUCCCGUACGGCGACGCCUCCAAGUUCGCCGAGCACGUGUUCCGCACCUUCGACGCCAACGGCGACGGCACCAUCGACUUUCGCGAGUUCAUCAUCGCGCUGAGCGUGACGUCGCGUGGCAAGCUCGAGCAGAAGCUCAAGUGGGCCUUCAGCAUGUACGACCUGGACGGCAACGGCUACAUCAGCCGGGCCGAGAUGCUGGAGAUCGUGCGGGCCAUCUAUAAGAUGGUGGCUUCCGUGAUGAAACUUCCCGAAGAUGAGUCCACGCCAGAGAAGCGAACGGAGAAGAUUUUCCAGCAGAUGGACACAAACAAGGAUGGGAAGCUGUCGGUAGAGGAGUUCAUACGCGGGGCCAAGAGUGACCCUUCUAUUGUCCGGCUCCUGCAGUGCGACCCUUCCAGUGCCACGCAGUUCUGAGGGCUGUGCCGCCCGUCCCACGCCUGCGCUCACAACUCCACGUCCGUCAACACAAACGAGCAUGCCGGAUGCCUCUCGCACACAAACAUUUAUGUUUUUUACACAUCCUAUCAGUCUUUUGGGGGUGCAUCAUUUCAUCAGCAUCGGCUCAACACGAGCAACACCUCUGGACCGGUUUCGACAUGCAAUGUCUCAUCAGCGGAGUGGGUCGGGCUCGCUUGAAACGACGCUGGCGAAAUGCCAGAUGUUUGUAGCCAAGGGCCCUGUCCGUUCGACAUGGGUCCCAGUUAUUUCGUGCGAAUGUCUGCGACCAUUAUCUCACGCCACCAAGCCCACUCACCACAACAGCCAUCCACCACGCAUCACCACAGGUAUCACAGCGCGUCCCACUGUGCCAUCCGUCCCAAAGAGGUAUGCUGCCUGUGUAUCUGCUGCCUUUUGUUGCUGUACGGCUGUCAUGCCUAUUGAAGUUGUUUUCAGCAGACUGCUUCGUGUGAUAUGCAUAGUAUUGAACCUUCGAUAUUGUUUACGAUGCGGUUGUUGCCGGUGUGUUUAACUUAACUUAUUUCAGGGGUAAGAAAAAAACACGUGCUUAUAUUGUGCCUGCGACCGCACGCUCCGCGUGUGAGACUUAGGAGUUGGCAUGCGACGGCAUUUCUACGCGUUUCACCUUCCUGGUAAGCGUCAAGGCGCUACGGUGGCGAGAUGCUAACCACCUCGCCUGGUCUACAGGAGGUCGUCGUGCGUUCGAUCCCGACCCUGAUGCCCACUGUAUAUUUGGAGUUUGCAUAAUCUCUCUGUGGUCGCGUGGAUUUUUUUCCGGGUCCUCUGGUUUUUCCCUCCACAUUUAGAAUCAACAUGUUGCUAUAAAUGUCCACAAGAUGAUAAGCCGCUUCGUUGAGCUAUCAUUUGUAGUCAGGUCACUUUGGAAAAAAGAGCUACGUAGCUCAGUGGGCCUUACCUGGUAAAAUAUAAAAUAGUCAACCACCGAUGUCAGACUCGGACUUUAUUGUUUCAGCUGGUGAGGCCCGAUGUCGCUGAUCAGCUCUGUUGCAAGGAUGACCGCAGCCCAAGACCGUCCGUCCGCAGUGGUGGCAGUUAAAUAAAAUUUCAGGGUGGAGGAGAAAAAACUAAAAUUAAUGACGUGAAACCCAUGCCAGAACUUACUGAAAGAAUGGAUAAAUAUUCGCCUUUGUGGCAGAGUUCAAUCUUGGAGCAUCGCCUUAAGGGAAAUGUGGAAUAUUAAGAGUAGAGAUGAAUACAUUCCAAAGUGCUGGUGCUGCCAGGAGAAGGCCCUGGGACCAGUCUUGAGUUCUCGAUCUCGGAAACGGUCGACGUCAAAAUACUCGUGCAAUGUUCCGCGGCGCGCUGCGUUUUCGACGCCGUUCGUGUGAAGGGCGCCGGCUUCCUCCCCGAGCUGGCGUGGGGGGCGGAAGCAGGGGGCGCGUCCCAUGCUCAAUCGGAGCCGGCGGUCGCUGCGGUGGUGGGAGCGAUGCGCACGUGGCGGUGUACGUAGCUGGUUACCCGGAGGCGUCGACAGCGUCGUUCGGGUGGCGACGUUUCAACUGGAAAUUACGCGAAACUGUAACGGACGAAUAGCUUUGGGUUGCUGCAGUUUAUUGUCAAGACGAGCAUGUCUGCAUAAUUUGAUUGUUUUGGGGCAUAAAUUUGAACACAGGUGUUAGACCACUGGGACGAGAGGCAAGUAGAGCACAAUAAACGAGUUAGAUCGCUGGGUGGUGGUCGCUACGAACGUGGCCUGUAAUUCAGCAUUGGUGAAGGCAGCAAGGGUUGGUGGAUCAUCGCAGGAUUGUUGCGACACUCCCUUCCUAUGGGUGUCGAGGAGGAGCCACACCCUGGCUCGCCAGGAGAAGGCGGUGCACCAAAGUACGGACUAACCUCCAUCCGUCUCUUCUGUACGGGGAUCGAGCGUUGCCCCCUCACACACAUAGGUUUUGCCUGGGUGCUCCAGCUUCCUCCCACUCGUAUAAACACGAAUUAAUUGGCUUAAAACAUCUUAAUUUAUGGACGCCUCUGUGUGUUGUGGAUUGCGGUUGCAUAAAAGAUGAUAUAUAAAAACUUAUAUUAUUAACUAAAUUUAUUUAUUAUUUUGCUUGUUUACCGAGGAAAACCUCACAGUCUCAACACUUUUUCAGAAGGGUCCUGUCAGGUUUUUAAAGUGAGGGGGGGUGGUGAUGCUACUGCUGUGUAGAAUCCCAAUGGAGUGAUUUGCAGGUGAUUUUUCAGCAUUGGGAUGUUUUUUUGGGCAAUACCACUUAUAUUGUGUGGUGUUUUUUCAGCUGUGGUGGAAAAUCAGAGAACCCGGAUGAAAUCCCAUGCAGAACAGGGGGAGAACGUACUUACUCCACACACAGAGAGGCGCCUCAAUUGGAAAUCCAAUCCAGGUCCUUCCUGCUGUGAGGCAUGAGCAUUGCCACUGCGCUACGGAGCUUGCUACUUGCAGCUGCCACCUUUGGCAUGCGUUGGAAGGGCAGGGCGCUGUGCCCUGGCGCUAGCAGGCAGAAGUUCGCCCUCAUUGAGAGGUGUUAGGAGGAGGAGAGUUAUUUUUGUUUUAAACUGGCGGAGAUUAUUGAUGUAACUGCUAAAGCCGAGCUAUUGAUGGUUUGAUAUUUGCAAAGCUUCUGUGCUGUUCCCCUGUUGCCGUCGUUCUCUGGUCUAACACCGGGGGAGGCAAGGCCAUGAAGGCCAAUCGGUUUGAAGAAUAUUGCAUGCUUUAUUACAGCAUGUUUGUUUUGCAUAUUUUACCACAAGCAUGUGUGGUUAAUGCAGACUUGAUGCCUUGCAAUAUAUGUCUAUUUGAUGUUUGAACAUUUUAACACCGCCUGUAUUAUUACCGGAAAGGGUAAAGCCUAUUCUUUUUUCCUAUCAAACUUGUACUUUGUUAGCUGCUAGAUGACCGAAGCAAGAGAAACGCAUGCGGAAUGAAGGAACCAAUGUGGAUGCCCGAUGCAUUGGCGGUGAAUGUUGCCGAACGUCCAGCGAGGUGGCUCCUCGCACCGUUAGCUGCUGCCACGAUGCGCUCUGGGCUUGCUCACCGGUUGUUCAGUAGCAAAGCACUCUGGAACCACACUCAGGGCAUUGAAUGUGCCCUUCCUGGCUCUCUAGCUAAACACUUUGCAAGUUUUAAAGAAGGAUUUGUGUUUUGGUCAGGGUUAGAGUGAGUUUGUUUAGACCAGCAUUAUGUACAGUAUAAUUUAAAUUGGGUGCCGAUGUGAUUAACACAGGAAGUGUCAUGUAUUACACAUUGUAAAGCACUCAAAUGGUUUUGGACGUUAUAUUUAAAUGCAAUGUCUAUGGUAUAUUUAUUGGCACAAAUGUUUACGUUUGAGUGCCGUUUUGUAUAUUUAUUUAAAAUGUACAUUUCAGUUACAGAUAUAGUACAGUGGUGGUAAGGGGCCGAGUGGCGUCAAGAGCCUCUUAGUCCUGGUGAUCACACGUGGUCCGUCCACUGCACUGCAGUAUCCAGCAGGAUGGCGCCAAUCUGCCCCUCAACCUGAUCAUCGCUGGUGACAUUUCAGUCAGCACCAGGAUCACAAAGGCAUUUUACACCACCUUGGGCCCCUUACCCCACCCUACUCUUACAACAGAUGCAUGCGAUUUGAACCAACCGUUGACAAACCGUGAUUCUGAUUAUAUCUAGGGUUUUUAUCUCGCAUUUUGACUGUCUGUACGUUUUUCAUACACCUGGCACGAAUGUAUUUUCAUCAGUGAAUACAUCAUUGCAAAAGUCAGAUUUUAACUUAUGAAACUACUUUAUUCUGGCAGUGACAGAUCCAAAGAGGGGCAGAGAUGAGGGGGCGAUUGCACCCCCCUCCCUUGAGAACCGAAAAUUGGUAUUUUUAUUGAUAUUUACUAGAUAAAACGUAUUGAAUGGUGUUGUUUAUUUAAGUAGGGUCAGUAGGGCCCCAUUAAAAAAAACUUGACAUUU